AUGUUGACCACCCGAAUGAGCAUCCUGGCCGCUGUGUCGGUCCUGAUUGCUAGCGUAACGGCGAUAGAUCUGACGGCAGAGCUGAACGCUGGGUGGAGGAUGGGUCUUCAUCCUAGACAGGCGGCGCAAAAUCUUCAGGCCUUUUCUGGCACGCUCGGCGGUGUACAGGCGUCUGCGAUUACAAACUCUGGGAACCCGGAACGCCCAUUUUCUGUUGACGGCGACACUUUUAAUGACUUCAGGACAGCCGCCGACCGGUCCUGCGAUAACCAGAAGAACAACUGUGCCGAGAUUGCCAACAGCGGUGGUCCGUUCAAGGUUGGCGAUUGUGACAAGCAGAAUGAGCAAUGCAAAGCUUCCAUUUCCACCGCGAGCCGGACGACGUUUGGAGAGCCAGCGCUGGUCAGCUCGAGCGCCGAGUUCGACUUCAUCUGCGACAUAUGA